AUGAAGUUUCAGGUGUCCCUUGUGAUCUUCAUAUUCUGCCUUGGCGCAGGUAAGUCUCAGAUGCAUCUGGCUGCAUGUGCACAUUGUGUGAUGUGGGAACUGAGUGGGUUGAUCUAUUGAUCUAUUGGGCCAAGCCCUGCUAACUUCAGCCAGGCUUGCAUAGAGGGCAAUUCAGGUGGAUGUGGACUAAAAUGUCUGAAAGAUAAUGCAGCUAUGCAAUAUAUUGCAAUUAAUUCUCUAGCCCUCUAGAAGUGGACUUUUGUGGUACUUAGAUUACAAGGGAAGGGGCAGAAUAGCUUCAUCCGCCUUACCUUUUGUGUUGUCUCGCUUAGGUUGAAAUCCUAUAUACACUGAAAUGAGCGUAUGUCCCAUUGAACUCAAUAGGACUUCCUGUGUCACCAGCUAUAGGAGGCGGUCAUAAAUAUGGCUAAAACUUAUGGGCUGGAGAAAGGGGCCAUUGGAUUUUAUUAAGGGCUCCUCUAUUCCGGCUCUCCCCACCCCCCACAAAAUUUGAUCUUUCAACUUUAGUUUGCAAAAGCCACAGUAAAUUUGUUUGACCGCUAUAUAGCUAACUUUACAAUGCAAUCAUAUGCAUGUUACUUUUUUCUUUUCCAGAAGCAGCACUUACAGUGCUUACUCUCAGAUGGUGCAUAAGACUGAAGCCGCCAUUGAGCCCAGAUCCCACCAAGAUCAGAGGGGCGGGGUUGAAACAUUAGCCAAAGCAGAAGUGGUGGUUGGUUUGCAUUGGACUGGUAGGGCAGAAGGCAAGGAGCCCAACAGUAGGUGGCGCUAGAGCCCAAUACAGGAAGACUCAGAGGCAAUGACAGGCAGGGGCAACUAAGCCAGCUUUUGCCCAUACCUUUCUUCUUUCUUAGAGGAAUUUGAGACUAAGGAGGAAGAAACUGACAAGCAGUUCUUACCCAGAGGCCUGAAACUGUCCUCCCUUCCUCCUUAUAUCCCAUUCCUCCAAAUGCCACUUUUAACCCAAUUCCACCUGCUUCUUCCCCAGUUCCUCCCUUCGCUUUCCCCCCUGUCCACAGAAGACUACAACUGUCACACACGCAGGGACCUUUCUUCCUCUCCAAGUCACUUAAUACAGAUAUGGAUCCCCCUACUUUUUCUUCCUGCCCCUCUUUCUUUCCCCCACCUUUAGAACCUUGGGAGACAGCCCAUGAAAACAGGGUGAAGACAGACCGGUGCAAAUAUAGUAUAAAGAGAAAUAUGUCUGUUCAGAUGGCACAAGCUUAUUCUGCGAUGAAAUCAGUUAACUAUAUAAACAAGCUACUACUAGCUGUUCUUAUGACUUAGCAUCUCAAAAGCUGGAAGUGGCCUCUCUGGGCCCCUGAGAGGGCCUGUGCAUCCCCAGCGCAGGUUAACGUAGCAUGGAAAAAGCAGACAUUAUCUUUGUGUCUUUCUCCAGCUGACAGCUUGACAUGCCAGAAGUGCUUGAGCAAGAAUGGGAAGUGUGCUAAGAACGAAGUGGAGGUUUGCGACCAGUCUCAAGACGCUUGCUUCAUUGAGACCAAGGACUACGCUGGUUGUAAGUGCAUACUCUCCAACAUUCCUCCGAUGAAAAUAGGGAUGUCCCAUUCCAUAAUAAUAAUAAUAAUAAUAAAAAUAUUUAUACCCCACCCACCUGACUGGGUUGCUCCAGCAGCUCUGAGCAACUUUCAAUAUAUAAACAUAAUAUAACGUUAAACAUUUAAAAAAACCUACCCUAGACAGGGCUGCCUUCUAAAGGUUGUAUAAAAGAGUUUGGAUUUGAUAUCCUGCUUUAUACCCAAAGGAGUCUCAAAGCGGCUAACAUUCUCCUUUCCCUUCCUUCCCCACAAAAAACACUCUGUGAGGUGAGUGGGGCUGAGAAACUUCAGAGAAGUGUGACCAGCCCAAGGUCACCCAGCAGCUGCAUGUGGAGGAGCGGAGACGCAAACCCGGUUCCCCAGAUUACGAGUCCACCACUCUUAACCACUACACCACACUGGCUCUUGGCUUGCGGAUUGCAUAACCCCAUAUCCUCCAUCAUUUCUCCGAUGAAAAUAUUUACAUCCUAAGAAAAAGAGGGACAUUCGGGCACCAAAUCAGAAACCGGGAUGGCUUCUAUAAAUCUAGGACUGUCCCUGGAAAAUAGGGACAGGUGGACACUGUUAUUCAGACAGUGGCAGGAGAUCAGAAGUACAUUAGCGACCAUUUGAUUGGGGCUCAUGCCUCUCUAUGGACAUUCCUCAAAAUUUAACAAGAGGCAGCAGCUGGCCAACGUCUGGUGAGGAAAUGGGGUUGGGCAAGAUGCUCUGCAUUGCUCCAGGAUCAUUGAUGGUUGGAAGCAGCAGGCCUCUGAGCAUCUGUCAUGGAAGGCUAUAGAGCAGCAGUAGGGAAUCUCAGCCCCAGGAGGUGAAUGUGAGUCUCCUACUCUCUCUUUGGCUCUUGCAACUGUUCUCAGGCCACAGCCCUUCCAGACUAUGCUUGAGUGUGUCUGCCUUGCUGGAAUGUGUCCUUGAACCCUGAUAAUGCUUCCUUGGGUGGAGGACAACGAAGGGUGUGUGAAUGCAUGCAGAAACUUGCCUACUGUACAAAGGUGAAAGUUGCCUUUGCUUCUGCACUCACUUUUGCCUUUCGCCCAAUCCACCGCUGGCAUGUGACCUGUGGAAGGUUACCCAGAAUGUGGUCCUCUGGCUGAGACAGCUUAGUCCCGUAAUUCAAACAUUUCCCAUAAUUUUAAUACUUGCUAUAACGUAAAAAAUCCCUGUACAGUGGUACCUCAGGUUAAGAACUUAAUUCGUUCUGGAGGUCCGUUCUUAACCCGAAACUGUUCUUAACCUGAGGUACCACUUUAGCUAAUGGGGCUUCCUGCUGCUGCCGUUCCGCCACCGUGCAAUUUCUGUCCUCAUCCUGAAGCAAAGUUCUUAACCCAAGGUACUAUUUCUGGGUUAGCGGAGUCUGUCACCUGAAUCGUCUGUAACCUGAAGCGUCUGUAACCCGAGGUACCACUGUACUUUAAUUAAAUUACAUCUCACCACAGAGGUGAAAACAGACCAGAGGACUUGUGUACCUGUCAGUCUGCUCACUAGCAGUGGGGAAGUUCAAGGCCCCAUUUCUUCUUCUUUGAGUUUAUUUACAAAAUUAUUUACACUGGACCUGGACCAGACAUAACAUCCUUUGCAAAUCAAAAAUGACGCUUCCAAUAAUGCCCUACGUUGGCAGUGGGUUAACUCCUUUGUUUGAUCUUCUGUUUGCAGUGGAUGCAGGAACGGUGAAACUGGGCUGCGGUGACUCGAAUUUGUGCCGCCGCUAUCAGAAAGGGAACAGGGGAUCUUUAAGCUGGUCGAUGUUUUGUUGCUCCUUCGAUCUAUGCCAGCCUCUGACACGUGAUGGUAUGUGGUACAGAAAUGGUGCAUGUCCAUGUUGAUGUGCUCUGAAUUUAGCUGUGAGGCUAUGUUGGGGGCAGUGAUAAACACUUUCAUGAAAACAUCACUUCAGUGCUUUGCCAGUAAUAAAUAAUAAUAAUAAUAAUAAUAAUAAUAAUAAUAAUAAUAAGCCUAUUCAACUAAUGAAUGAAUGAAUUUAUUAUUUCGGUCACAGACCAGUUCCAGCCCACAUACAAUAUCAAGGAAGUCAUAAAACAUGAUAGGGAUACAUUUGAAUUUGCAAUUAGGUAUAACAGGGACAAUACAGAUAUAGCAACAGUUAAAACUGUUGUUGUUGUUUAGUUGUGUCUGACUCUUCGUGACCCCAUGGACCAGAGCACGCCAGGCAGUCCUGUCUUCCACUGCCUCCCGCAGUUUGGUCAAACUCAUGCUGACAGCUUCGAUAACACUGUCCAACCAUCUCGUCCUCUGUUGUCCGCUUCUCCUUGUGCCCUCAAUCUUUCCCAACAUCAGAGUCUUUUCCAGGGAGUCUUCUCUUCUCAUGAGGUGGCCAAAGUAUUGGAGCCUCAGCUUCAGGAUCUGUCCUUCCAGUGAGCACUCAGGGCUGAUUUCCUUUAGAAUGGAUAGGUUUGAUCUUCUUGCAAUCCAUGGGACUCUCAAGAGUCUCCUCCAGCACCAUAAUUCAAAAGCAUCAAUUCUUCGGCGAUCAGUCUUCUUUAUGGUCCAGCUCUCACUUCCAUACAUCACUACUGGAAAAACCAUAGCUUUAACUAUACAGACCUUUGUUGGCAAGGUGAUGUCUCCGCUUUUUAAAAAGUAUAUAUAUAUAUAUAUAUAUAUAUAUAUAUAUAUAUAUAUACUUAGUCACCUAUUCAACUAAUUAGUCCCACUAGUGGAUGUCCAUGCAAGGACUUCUGCUAGCAGAGUGGGGCUUGCCCCUCCCUUCCCUUGAUGCGCUUCCUGAAAUUGGCUUGCAAUCUGUGGGGGGUACAAUAGUAUUCAGGGGCAGGAGAGGGAAUAAUGUUCUGUCAGAGCAAGCUGGAAUACUUGCGCCGAUGGAACAUUUUCCUUAAUGAAUUCCUAAUAAUAAAACAACUUCUUCUUCUUCUUCUUCUUCUUCUUCUUCUUCUUCUUCUUCUUCUUCGGCAUGUUCUCCUCUUUGCACAAGUGUCUCAAAGUGACAGAGUAAAGCAAGCUAUACAGAACAUGAAAAACAAAACAAUUGAAAGCCAAAACCUAUUGCGUUGCAUCCAAAGCCAGUCCUACUCUGAGUAGACAUGCUAAAAUCAAUGGAGAACUUGCGACCCAACCCCUCCAUCCCCCUAACGUAGGUCUGGCCACCACAGAACAGCUCCCCAAGGAAAAAGAAACCAGUCACCAACUGCUGCAAAGAAAAAGGUUAACACUGAAAAGUUAUCAGUGUUGGUGCCCAGCAAGCCUUCAUGGAGAUAGUAUUCCACAUACUACAGAAAAGGCCCAUUUUCUCAUCCUCAUACAUCAUCUGCCAGAGGGAAAACACAGAGAAGGGCCUCCAAUUGGGGGAUGUGACAGAGCCGGCCUGCCCAUGAGGUAGGGUGAAGAGUCCACCUCAGGUGGCAGAAGUGCAAGAGGCGGCAUUCUGCCCGCCCCACCUCUUCUGCUGCCAAGAGGGAGGUGUUACAGCGCACAGUGUUGCUGCUUAUCUUCCCCAGGUGGAAGGCUUGGAGGAGCACCCUGGCUCCUGCUGAGUUUGGUGACAGCCAGGGUGUUCCUGCAUGCCAUGUUUCUGAUCAGGUGACCCCUGCCUGGGGCGGGGAGGGAGGAGCCGAAUGGCAAUGCUCUGAGGAGUGCUCUGGCUUUUGCCAAAUUUGCUGAGAGCUGGGAGGAGGCGGCAGAAAUGGCAGGCAUGUGGGUGAGAGUGGGGUGGUAGGUGGCAAUUUCCAUUUUGCCUCAGGUGGCGAAAUGGGCUGGAAUCUGAUUAUCUCUGUCUCUCCCCCUGCUGCUCACUGUUGCUUCCAACAGUUCACGGAAACGGAUCAAAAAAUGGUGUGCAGUGUCAAACCUGCAUCGGGAGCGCAGCUGAAUGUGGCCACAAUGCGCCCACAGAGCCAUGCUAUGGGAGUGAAGACCAGUGCGUGCAGAUCUCCCAGCGCCUCCUGCCAGGUAUUGCCAAGUGGGUACCAAAGCAUUCAAAGCGCACAGACACAGGGAUAGGAGAGGCUAAGGCAUCGCUAAGGAUGUGAUGGUCACUAGCCAAUAGGUGCAGGGAAACCUCUGCAACCGCAACCUGCUGAGUAAUCACCAUUGCAAAUGAUGCACAUGGUGUUGGAAAAACAUAUUUCAAGGUUUUCUGAGUUGCUGUCCUAUGUUUUUAAGACUGUGUGUGUUUUGCAAUAAAAUGCAAUUGCAGAGCUUGUCUUUCUAGGCUGGACAGGCAAAGCACUACGAAAACCUUUAGAGGCAACUGUUCCUUUAAUUAAAUGCUUUCUGUUUUUUUGUUCUCACCAUUUUACUUCUUCCUGCUGGAUUCAUGAUAAAUUGCCCCUUGUUAGAGGGCUUCUGUUUCCUGCUUGGUGUGUCAGUAGUUUAAUUACCAAUUUAUUUGCAUAUUUUUAUACUCCUUUUAUAGUGAAAGAGAGCUAUUUAGCCAUAAAAGAAAGGAAAGAAAAAACAGGAAGCAAAUAAUUUGUACUCUCCUCUGCUACAGUGAGGAACGGAAACUGACAAAUAUGGGGCAAUUAAGGGGCAAUGCACCACCAACCCAUAUCCGUGCAAUGAAAUGAGUGGAGCCAGCUAACUGGAAACUUCAAAUUACAAGAGACCAUCGCUGAAAGGGGCUUACUUUUGAGUAGACAUAGAUGGAUCUUGGUCAUUGGCAUUGCUGGAUAAUAUAGAACUAUAUCAAGUUCUGUGUGAAAUCUGUUUUUAUUGCACUUCCAGCUAAUUGCAAAAAAGGAACAGUGCCUCAGUGCAGUGGAUACUGUGGAAGCUGUUCCACGGAACAGCAAAAUAACACCCACCAUGCAAAUUUAAACAUACGCAGUAUAUGGAGAAGCUUAUUCGUGAGAUAAUAGAUGGAGUUAAAAGUGGAGUGUCCAUUGGAAAACAAUCUACUAGCUGCAUUUCUUAAAUCCAAAAAUGGUCCUGUUCUGUGUGGACAUCACCUGAUGAUUGCUUCUGCAGGUGAAGAAACAGAACCCAUCAUAAAGGGAUGUGGAGGCAGUUCCUUUAAGGACACACUGGUGGCGUACCAGAUCGGGAGAGAUUUUGCCUUUGUUGAGCAAAAGGUCUGCAGCAGUUCCAACUGCAACAACAGGAGCUUCCCAGGUAAAUGACAGUUGCCGUGCUCUGAUAACCUUCUGUCAGGUAGGUACCGCCUGGGUGUAGGAUCCUGCCUAUAUGCCAAAUAAUAACAAUCUAGGACACAGUCUGCAGGAAAGUCCCCCAGCACAAGCCCCAUGGCAAUGAACAGGAGAGUUGCAGGAGAGUUGCGGCGCCUCUUCCAAAUUAAUAUUUUGAAAAAUAGGAAAUCCACGGAAUGUUUAAUUUAGGUAAAAAUUGUACUCAUUUUCCAGAAGAUAGAGGUGCUGUCUUGCGCCCAAGAUUGAGGGAGUCCAGCACAUAUCACACACUGGUGCGCAUUGCAUGCACUAUUCUGUAAGGGAUGCUUUAGAUGAGAUUCCUGCAUUGCAGGGGGUUGGGCUAGAUGACCCAUGGCGUCCUUUCCAACUCUACGAUUCUGUGACUUCAUAUGUAUGAUGUUGCAUCAUCGGGGGGGGGGGGUUGAGUGUUGAGCCCAGCGCAAAGGAGGGGGCCAGCAGAACCCCGCUGGUGCAGCAUUACAUAAAAUCCAUCAUUUCUGUAAGUCGCCUUGAGGCACUUUGGAGAAAGGUUAUUUAAGAAAUUGAAUAGAUCAUCACUAAAGUUCCCCCCCCCUUUUUACUCUACAGUCAUAACUUCCGGACAGCCCAAUGGGCUGCAAUGCUAUACCUGCCAGGAGUCCGGGCAUGGGGAGUGUGCUCAGGACAGACUGCAAGUUUUAAAUUGCACAGGAGUCAUGGAUCAAUGUGUACGCGUCAUCGACAGAGGUAAGAAAGCGGCAAGGGUGCGUAUACAGAGGACUGGGAAGCAUGCCAUCAUGGUUGCCAUCAAUUUGAUUUGAAUUAAUUUUACAAUGAAAUGAUUUUAGAAUGUUGUAUUAUUUUAUUGUUGUUAGCCGCCCUGAGCCUGCUGGGGAGGGCGGGAUAUAAAUAAAAUUUUAUUAUUAUUAUUAUUAUUAUUAUUAUUAUUAUUAUUAUGCCUGUUGGCCUGAUCAGAUGCUAAAGAGGGGGCAGCUCCUUAUCUCAAAGAGUUAAAGAGAAGCAUGGAUCAGAAAAACUGCUGCUACAGGAAUCCAUCCUUUGGGAUACACUGCUUGAGGGCCAUGUGAAAUUACCUUAAACAAGGAGAGUCUCCAUACACAGAGGAGGUUAUUUGUUACAUCUUUGUUCCGGCUCUGAUCCCUCCCAAUCAGUAUCUACAGUGGUACCUCGGUUUUUGAUCGUCUCGGAAGCUGAACGUUUUGGUUUUGAACGCCGAAAACCCAAAAACCCAGAAGUAAAUGCUUCCGUUUUCGAACAUGCCUCGGAAGUCGAACGGCUUCUGCUGAGCUUUUUUCUCCAUUGAAUUUGCAGAAUGCCCUUUGUGCCUCGGUUUUCAAACGCUUUGGAAGUCAAACGGUCUUCCGGAAUGGAUUACGUUCGAAAACCGAGGUAACACUGUGCCAGGAGCAAUUAAUUCUGCAACACCUCUCCAUCAGGUAGGAAAUAACUCCUGACAGAGAGGAUACAGCCAAGUGACCUGUUCUCAGGGGAGGUGCCCCAUCGCUUCUCUGUGUGAGUCACUGUUCUUGGUGUCCCUUCUUUUAUCCACAUCUGAACUGGUUAUUCAUGCAGAGACACAAGGAGCCGGGUUCCUUUGAGGACAGGAGAUUCUUGCUUUUGUACCAUCCACGCCAUGGAUUUAAAAGUGGUUUUAACAACCAACCCUUUUACUCGGGCCACUCUGGGAAUUGUAGUCGUGUGAGGGUGAUUGGAGGGGGUGUCCUAAAAAUUCUCAGUACCCUUAACAAACUACAGUUCCCUGGAUUCUCGGCGGGCGAGGGGGAAACCUUGACAGUUAAAGUGUUAUAAAAGUGUGGGUAAACAAACAUUCUGGAGUCUUCCUUUUUGGAUGGAUUUGGUGUGCCUCUCCAACAUCAGAAGUGUAGAAAGCACCAAAGCAAAGGGUUUAGGUCGCCCUGAUCCCAAAUAAGCCUUCCACAGUGAAGCAUGGUCAAUUCUGGUCAAUUUCACGGCCCCUGAAGACAUCCUUUUAAUUGUACCUCCGUAUUGAUUUGUGCUCCUGAUGCUAUCAAGGCGUUUGCACACGUUAUUCCAUUUUCGAAAGAUUGAGCAUGUAUCUGUUUUGGGGACACCACACUGCUUCACUUCCAAUGAGUGCCUAUCUCUGUAACUAUUUAUGCCACAAACGUUCUGGUUUAUUUUUGUCCUGCUUUGGUUGAGUUUUAAAGCCCCUCCGGACGGCAAGGAUAUGGCAGCAUUGGGGAGGCAUCACAGAGCAAAUCCACCACAGAUUCACCAUCCUUGUGUUAAGAACAUGUUGCAGAAUACACCUGCAAUAAAACAUCAUUUCUUGGAGGGCCCCUCAAUUUCUCACUCAUUCUUUACUUGUAGGAUAUGUCUUAGUAUAAGAGGACCAUUUCGCCCUCUAGUGUCCAUAGGUGGAAUGUGAUGCAGGUUUUACGCUGCUCUAAAAAUCUCCAAUUUAGGAGUGGGGAGCCACCAGGUACAGUUGUACCUUGGUUUUCAGACAGCUUAGUUCCUGAAUGUUUUGGCUCCCGAACCUCGCAAACCCGGAAGUGACUGUUCUGGUUUGCGAACUAUUUUUGGCAGUGCUUUUUUCCUAAAAAAAUGUUUAGGGGUACUCUCCUUUUCCUACUCAUAUUGAAAUACUUCUUAAGUUAUAGAUGUAAGAAGAAUUUAUCGAGAUCUGAUAUAACAUAUAUUACUGUUUUUACUUUUUGGAUGAAUUUUUGUUCGUUCUUUCUUUUUAAUUUCAAUAAAGCAUUUAAAAGAGAAAGAAAGAAAGAAAGACAGCCCCUCAAUGAGGCCAAAGUUAGAUUCACAAAAUGUUUAGGGGGAUGCGUCCCCCCGCAUCCCCCCAGAAAAAAGCACUGAUUUUUGGGAGCCGAACAUCCGUCGGGGCUUCCGAGGCUUCUGAUUGGCUGCAGAAGAUUCAGAAGCUGCACUUUGGUAUUUGAAUGUUUUGGAAUUCGAACGGACUUCCAGAACGGAUUCCGUUCGACUUCCAAGGUACGACUGUAUCUCUAUUUGGCCUUCAUAGAAUCAUAGAAUUGUAGAGAUGGAAGGGACCACAAGGGUCAUAUAGUCCAACCCCACCGCAAUGCAGAAAUCUUUCUCCUUGUGGGACUCAAACCCACGACCCUGAGGUAAAGAGUUCAUGCUCUACAGAACUCUCCAUAGGCCACGUCUCUCUUUUUUUGCCUGUCCUUGAACUUCAAUAAUGGAGAGGGUUGUUUAAGUGUGGGUAGAAACUAGCCCAUCCUACAAGGCGAAGCUUCCAUUAGUUUCCCCGCCUGCUUCCCCUCUGGCUCCACCCACUGCUGCCAUGCGGCCCUCAGAAGAUUGCCCAGAAGGGAAUAUGGCCCUCAGAAAAUCCAAAAAAUCUGUCUUCCUUCUUUUCCAGAGAACAGAACUGUGACCUUUCAGAAAGGCUGUGCCACUGAGACCAUGUGCAGCAGCUACGAGGAUAUCUAUUCCAAACUGAUGGGGCCGGAUUCCUUUGUUGAGUGUUGCAAAACGUCCUUCUGCAACCAAGCUGGAGAGCAUUCUGGUCCACAGAUGCUACUGAUGGUGGCUGCUUCUGCCUGGUGGCUGGCAUGGAUGGCUUGA